AGAAAUGAAUGUACGAAUAUCCAAAACAUUUCUCUUACUAUUGUGCAUUUUUUCAGAAUUCAAUAUAAAUAAGAAACAAAGAUUUCCUACGUCGAAAGCAUUUUUGAUUUUCAAAACCAAUUCGUUAAGUGGAAGAUCAUGCACUUGUCCUACAUCUUAUUCCUGUUCUUGCUGCGAAAAUGUUAUCAUCAUCUAUACCAAAAUGACGAAACAACUUUGUGUCAAUUUUAUUUAUGAAACGAACGUAUUGAAAGUAAAUAUUACGCUGAAUUCGAUAAUCUUAACUGAUCAAACUAUUACAGAGUAUAAAUCCUUUAGGAUAUGCAAUAAAGUACCUGGCAGUUUCUUUUCAAAUGUUUGUGCAAAUGUUUUAGAAUUGAAUCGAUUUCCCAGAUCGAUCACUAUUUGCCUGCGAACCGAGAUAGCUACUAAACAUAAAUUAUGGCAAUUGAAUUACAAUUGCAUCAGUAUAUCAACGGAAUUGCCAAUGAUGUCUAAUACAACUACUGCUACUACGAUGACAGUAACACAAUCGCCAGGAAUGUCUCCAGGACAGAUGACAGGAAUGCCUGGAAUGCCAGCAAUGCCUUCAGGACAAAUGCCUGGAAUGCCAGCAAUGCCUUCAGGACAAAUGCCUGGAACGCCAGCAAUGCCUUCAGGACAAAUGCCUGGAACGCCAGCAAUGCCUCCAGGACAGAUGAUGGGAAUGCCUCCAGGACAGAUGAUGGGAAUGCCUCCAGGACAGAUGAUGGGAAUGCCUCCAGGACAAAUGAUGGGAAUGCCUCCAGGACAAAUGAUGGGAAUGCCAGGAAUGGCUCCAGGACAAAUGCCCCCAGGGCAGACAAUGGCAAUGCCAGGAAUGUCUUCAGGGUAAAUGUCCAUGAGA